AUGACAGAAAGGAAACAACAAGAACGAGAUAACAUACAAGUUUCAAUAAGAAUAAAGUACAUUAAAAAGACAUGUAACUAGACCCAUGUUUGAUGAGGGAAAGACGUGUAUUCGAAUUGAUCCAAACCUGAAGAAUACCAUUAUCAUAGAAGGAUAGAAUCAGUAAGAGUAGAAAUUCUUCUCAUUUGAUAAUGUAGCUGGAGCAGAUACUACAUAGGAAGAUAUUUUUUAGAUGAUUGGAUUACAAUAAGCCAGCAAUUGUUUAGAAGGUAUGAUUAACUGUAAUUUUAGGCUACAACGGAUGUGUGUUUGUAUAUGGUUAAACAGGGUCAGGGAAAACUUAUACUAUGACAGGAACAUCACAAUAGCCAGGACUUUUACCACGUAUAAUAGAUUAUCUCUUUGGAUGUGUAUUUGAGGACUAAGAAAAAGAUCCCUCAGUUGAAUAUUUAAUCAAGUGCUCACAUCUCGAAAUUUAUAAUGAACAUAUCAUUGAUCUUCUUAAUCCUGAUUUGGGUAACUUACAACUACGAGAGGAUCUAAAUAAAGGAGUAUACGUUGAAUUUCUGACAGAAGAAUGUUGUGCCAAUGUCGUAGAAGCAAUGGAAGUUGUCUAACGAGGCAAUGAAAAUAGACAUAUCUCAUCAACUUAAAUGAAUUUUGAAUCUUCACGUUCACAUAGUGUUUUCACUGUUUAAUUAGAAUCAAGAAGAUAAAGUCAUUCACUUAUCAAUCAUAGAUUCUCAAGAUUUCAUUUUGUAGAUCUAGCUGGUAGUGAACGAUAAAAACAUACUUAAGUCUAAGGUGAAAGACUUAGAGAGGGUUGCUAAAUUAAUAGAAGUCUUCACAUUCUCGGAAAUGUUAUUAACUCACUUGUAGAAGAUAAAGAAUAAAAUAGAUAUGUUCAUUAUAGAGAUUCUAAAUUAACAUUCUUACUUAAAGAUUCUCUAGGAGGUAAUUCUAGAACUCAUCUCAUUGCUAAUAUACAAUAAUCUAAUUUAUUUUAUUAAGAAACACUCUCUACUCUUUUGUUCUCUAAAAGAGUCAAAUAAGUAAAGAAUAAAGCUAGAGUCAAUGAAGAUGAAAGUGGAUCUUUAGAAAGUCUCAAAAAUGAAAUUAAAAGAUUAAAAUAAGAAUUAGCUAAAUGGAUUGUAGGUCUCUAAACUACAUCUAAAUUAAAUGAAUCUCCAUCUAAAUAAAAUAUCAGUAAAUAACUCAUUUAUUAAUUAGUUAUGCAUAAUAUUAAUUUCGAAGAUCUCAAUGCUACUGAUCAAAGAUAUAUCAAACUAGAAGAAAUACUAAAAGUCUAUCUUGAACAAUCUACUGAAAGUGAAACUGCUCUUCAUGUCGAAAUCGAAAAGUACCUAAGUGGUAUUAAAGAAUUAAGAGAAGCUUUUUAAUUAAGUUCUUAGCUUGAAUAAUAAUUAAAAUUAAUUAUUAGAUUGUAAAAUGAACAAAUUGUCAGAUUAAAACAUGCUAAUGGAGCUGAAGAUUUAUCUAAUGAUUAUUAAGAAGAACUCUCAAAAGCACUUUUAAGUCAAGCAGUUGUAAUGAAGAAAUUCUCAGACAGUCUUAGAAUCAAAGAAGGCUCAGCUAAAAAUGUUGAAAAAGCUAAAUUAUAAAUUAAUGAAAAUGUUUAAUUGCUCAACACUAUUGUUUCAACUGUUAAUGUAAUACAUUUCAUUUAUUUUAUUAGGGAUCUUUAGAUGAAAGAAAAAAAUUACAAAAAUAAAUUUAAUAACAACUUUCUUAAGUUUAUGUACCUGUAGAAGAAUUUACUUAAUUACAAAGUGAAAAAGAAAAACUUAAUUAAUAAUUAACUAAAUAAUCAGACAAAGAUGAAAAAAUUAAAUAAUCUCUUGAUAAAAUUGGAAUUACACUUGAACUUGAGGAUGAAAUUAAAAUUAUUGAUCAUAAGUAAAGAGAUUUAACUUUAGAUUAAUAAAAUGAAUAAUUAGAACUCAAGAGUAGAGCUGUUGAACAAUUAAAUCUAUUAUUAGUCUAAAAAGAAUAAGAAAUAUCAUAAAUAUUAGAAUAAAAUCAAAAAUAAGUAUAAGAAACCCAUCUAUUAAACCAAAAAAUAGAUGAAGGUAAAUAAGAAAUUCAUCUAUUGAAUCAAUAACUUUAAUCAUUAUAACAUGAUUUGUAAUAAACGCAAAAAUAGUAAGAAACUUUAAAUAUAAAUGUAAAUCAAUUAUAAACUGAAAAUGAUUAAUUAAAAUAGUAAAUCAUUGCUUAAUAAACUGAAAAAGAAAAUUUAUAAAUCUAAAAUAAUCAUAAUUUAAAAGAUUUAAAUAAUUUAUUAUAGGAAUAGAAAGAAUAAAAUGAAACAAUACUAAUCUAAUUACAGAAUUCAAUGAAAGAAUAAAAUAAUCUAAUCAUAUAAAUUGAUUCUAAUUUAAAAGAAAACAGUGAACUUAAAUAAUAAAAUCUUUAAUUGAUUAGAGAAAAAUAAAAUAUCUAAUUAGAAAAUAAAUAAUAAAUAGAUGAUUUGUUAAAAUAAAUUUAAGAAUUACUUAAAUAAUUGGAAUAAUAAGAAUAAUUCAAAUAAAAUGAACUGUAAGUCAUUAACAAUAAAUUUAAAAUUGAAAAAAGUAGUAUUUAAAAAGAGCAAGAAAAUCAAAUUUAAGCUCUGGUAAAAAAACAUUAAUUAGAAAUUGAUUAACUAAUGGAUCAAAAUAAAAGAUAAUUGGAUCAAUUCUUAAAUCAAUAAGAAGCAGAGGUUUAAAUAUAAAUGAUACAAUUAACAAAUUAAAAUACAUUAUUGAAGAAAGAAUUAACAGAGAGAUAAUUAUAAUUGGAAAAUAGAAAUAAAGAAUAUGAGGUAAAUUUCUAUAUAUCUUUAGCUUCUAAAAGAAAACUAAGAUAGAUUAGAAUAUGAGAUAGAUUAAUAAAGAAAUAAUUAUGAGUUAUAGCUUGAAGAAAAAUAAAUUUAAUUUGAAGAACUUAAAGAAUAAUAAAAAAUUAUAUUAUAGCAGUAAGAUAAAGAAUUAGAAUAAAAAAAGAAUGAUUAUCAGAGAAAAAUAUAACAAAAAGAUCUAGAAAUUGGGGACAUUAAAUAAAGUUAUUAAUAAUAAUUAGAAGAAAAGAAGAUUAUUAUAAAAAAAUAAGAAGAAGAACUUUAGAUAAAGAAUGAAGAAUUAAACAGGACAGUAUAAGAGUUAAUAACCAAAUAAGAAGAACAUAUAGUAUAAUUAUCUUAAGUAAAUGAAAAACAAAAAGAAUUUGAAGAUAAUUGUUUUGAAUUACAAAGCAAGGCUUUACCAGAGAAGGAUUAAGUAAUUGAACAAUUGAGAGCAGAAAAUGAAUAAAAAGAAUAUGAUUUAUAAGUUCAAAAUGAAGACUUUAUGAAUUAAUAAAAUCUUCUUUUUGAAAUUAUUAAAGAAAAAGAUAUUGAAAUUACUAAAUUAAAAGAGGAUCUUGACGAUCAUAGUAAUAGAUUAGCUGAAGCCUCAAAAGUAAUAGAUAAAUAUUCUAAUUGCAAUUCUGAAUUAAAAGGAACAAUCGAUUAAAUAAAUCAUUAAUUGGAAAAGUAAUAAUAAAUAAUUAAUGAAUUGUAAAUUAAAGAAAAUUCAUCGAUUCAAAUUUAUGAUGAAAAGUUGAAGUCUUUGAAUGAGAUUUUAUAAUCUAAGUAAAGUGAAGUAGAUAAUUUACAAAAGAGAUUAGAAGCAGAAGACAUAGUAAAUAAAUAAUAGAAUUUAUAAAAUACUUAAAAUAUAAAGACUUCUGAAAAAAAAAUUAAAGACUUGGAAAAGGAAAGAUAAAUAUAUUAAGAGGAAAUUUAGUAAAAGGAAUAGGUUAUUAAUUCGCUAGAAGCAAAAUUGCAGGUUGUUGUAAAAGAAAAAGAUACAACUGCUAAUUAAUUGAAAAAUUAAAUUAAAGAUUUGUAGUAAUAAUUGGUAUCAAGCAAUUAAGGAGUUGAGGAAUAAAAGAUUUGGGUUAUUCAUUACAAAAAAGAAGUAGAUAAAUUAAGUAAAGAGGUUAAUUUAUUUUAAUAAGUUUCUUAAUAAUAUUAAAGUCAAAAAAAUGAAAAUGAUUCUCUUAAAUAAGAAAAUUAGAAACAAAACAAAUUAUUGGAAAAUUAAUAAUAGUAAGUAAUAACCCUUAAGAAAGAGGUAGAUUAAUUAAAUUAAGAAAAAAUAAAAUUAAUUGAACAGAUUUCUUAGUAAGAAAAUAAAAUAUUAGAGUUGGAACAGAUUAAAUUAUAAAAGUAAAUAUUAUAAGGAAAAGUGAAUGAAUUAUCAAAAAGUUCAACGGAUAUUCAAUAAAAAUAUUAGUAGUCAUAAGCUCAAUUAAAUAUUUAACAAGAGGAAGUAUAGCAUGCAAAAAAGGAAAUUUAGGAAAUUAAACAAAAGAAUAAAGUCUUAGCAUAAUAGUAAUAAAAUGAAAUGUAGAAAUUUAAUUAAGAAAUGCUCAUAAUUUAAGAGGAAUUGGAACAAAGUAGAAAAAUAUAGAUGGAAAUAAAAAAGUCAGAAUAAGAAUAAAGAGAAUAGAACAUGUAAAUAAGAUAGAAUUAUGAAAAUUUAAAAUUAGAGAAUUAGAAGUUGUUGAAUUAAAUAGAUGAAAUUCAAUAAGAUCUAAAUUAUGAGAAGUAAGAAGUUUUGAAAAAGGAUGAAGCCAUUUAUAAAUUGUCUGAUUAAGUAAAAUACAAAACUCAAUAAUUAGAAUCUUAAACUAUAUUGAUGAAUUAGGUAGAAUAGAAUAAAUUAAAUUAAACAAAUUAGAUUUUAUAAUAAUCUAAUUAAUUGACAAAUCUUUCAAAAGAACUUUUUUCUUUAAAGCAAUAAUUAUAAAUAAAUGAUACUUAAGGUGAUUCAUAUAAAAGAGAAGUUGAAAGAUUAAGAAGAGAGUUAGAAUUUUAAUUAAAGUAAGUAGAAGAUUAUAAAUAAUAAAAUAAAAAGAUUUAGCAAUAACUAGACUUUGAGAAGAAGCAUAACUAAAAGUAAAAAAUUUAUGAAGCAUCUGAGUUAUUAAGUAAGAUUGAUAAUACUCUAUCUCCAAUAAAAGGAAUAAAAGUAAAUAAAUAAAUAAUUUAAAGGGUCAAACUUUAUAUGGUAGUUCAGAGAGUAAGACUUAGAAAAGAAUUUUCUAGUAAAAAACCCCUUAGAAAGAGCAUGGUUUUUAGAAUUCAAGUAGUGCUUCGAUGUUAAAUGCUUCAUUUAAUUCAUAAGAUUAAUUGACAAAGGAAAACAGAAAAUUAAAAUAAAGUUUAGAUUAGAAGAUGAAAGUAAAAGAUGAUUUAAUAUAAGAUUAUUGAAUAACUAGAGUAGGCAUUAAUAUAAAGUGAAUAAACAUUGAAAGAAGUGCAUGAGAAGGCUAAUUAAUUUUGUUAAUAAUAGGAAGAUGAAAUAAAAUAAAUAAAAGAUUAAUAUUCAAGACUUGAAUAAGAACACAAUGCCAUAUUGGUAAUAGUUAUAUUCUUAAUAUUUUUAUAGGCUGAAAGAGAAUAUGAGAAUUAAUAAAUAAGUAAAUAAAAAGAAUAAGCUCUAUUUAAAGUUUAAAUUUUAUAAGAUGAAGUUUUGAAAUCAAAAAGAGGAUCUGUUGGAAGUUAACAUAUUCCUGGAUCAAAAUAUUCUGAUUCUGCUCAUGAUAUGUCAAUCAGAGAAACACCUUCAUCAUCACAUAGAUAUAGACUUUCAGAUGGAUCAUUUAAAUCAUAUUACGGUGUUGAGGCUCAUUCGAAAUUAAUUUAUGACACAGUAAUAAUCAUAUUUAAUUAAUAGUAAAAACUUCUACUUGAGAAUUAAAGAUUAAAUAGUCAAAUGUGUAAAUUAUACUAGAUUCUCGGAUUAGAUAAAAAUAGAUCAAAUAGAUUGGGAGAUGGAGAGAAGAUAAUCUAAUCUGUUCAAUUAUUACUAUAAGAAGUUAUUGUAAUUUUAGCUUAUUUAUCAUUAAAGGAUUGCAAAUAGGAAAUUCAGAAUUUGAUUCAAGCAUAACCUACAAGAAGUUUAAAGUAUCAAUCAAUGGAGAAGGAAUUAUUAUAAACCAAAUAAAAAUACUAUGCUGUGGAAAGGAGUCCUAAAUUUUGGAAUUCUAGCAAUGAUACUCCAAAAGCUAAAUUCUUUAAUUACUCAAAUUCAUCAGGGAAAUGA